AUGGACCUAGGGCUUGAAGGUGUUCAUGUACUAAUCACCGGGGCUAGCGGAGGUAUAGGCUUAGAGACUGCGGAAUUGUUCUACGAACAAGGAGCCAUCGUCACGGCUCACUAUAACAGCAAUUUCAAGCCCCUCGAGUCAUUUGUCGACUCACGGAGUCAAGCUAUUAAGGCUGACCUAACAAAGGAAGAAGAGGUUAUCGAGCUCUUCAAGUCUGCGACAUAUACCUACGGCCCUAUUCAAAUCCUAGUCAUCAAUCAUGCUAUCAGUGUCGUUGAGGAUGCCGAUGUGUGGGAGAUGUCCUAUGACCGAUGGAAGCACACCAUCGACACCAACUUGAAUUCAUCUUUCCUUGUUGCGAGGGAAUACAUGAGACAGCUCAAAACUAUGGCUCCUGAUCUGAAGGAGGAGGCGUGCAUCAUCUUAAUUGGUAGUACAGCUGGGAAAUAUGGCGAAGCUGGGCACGCUGAUUACGCUGCUUCCAAAAGCGCAAUGAUGUAUGGUCUAACAAUGUCGCUGAAAAAUGAGAUUGUCAAAAUCGCGCCCAAAGGGCGAGUCAACUGCAUAGGACCUGGCUGGGUCAGGACGGCCAUGGCGACUGACUCAUUAAAAAAUCCUCAUGUCGCAUAUGCCGCACUUGCUACAACACCUUUAAAAAAGAUCGCUGAACCAAACGACAUCGCAAAUCAAAUUCUGAUAUUGUCAUCGAACAAAAUCUCAGGGCACGUAACUGGUCAAGUCCUCAUGAUUGAAGGUGGUAUGGAAGGUCGGCUUCUCAACAAACCAGAAGAUGUCGGUAUCACUUUUUAG